CCACAUGAAUUAACGAAAUCAUUAAACAACAAUCAAAACAACACGCCCUUUUGUUGCUACUUUCCUUGUUUUUCAUAAUUUUAAGCCAUUUCAACGAACAUUUCCCCGUAUCCGAACCAUGGAUAGCAAGAAAGCCAUUUGUAUUUUACUAAUUUUAUGCGGAUUGUACUCGAGUUGCUCCGCUUUGGAAUGUUACGUUUGCAGCAAUCAAACAGACAACACAGAAAAGUGCCUCAACACAAUAAAGACCUGCGAGUACGACGAAGAUGUUUGUUUGUCGGAAGUUCGUUGGGGAUCGACGCCUUAUUGGAGUCUGGGCGAUCAACGGCAGUAUUAUGUGUCGAAGAGAUGCGCCAAAAAGGACAUUUGUCACAAAAUUCGGACUAAAUAUAUGCCUUAUUGCACGCGAAUCUGGUACGAGGACUGGACUUGUUCGGAAUGUUGUUUAGGAGAUCGUUGCAAUUAUUACGUGAUUAACACAUCGACGAAGCAACAGUUGUCUGGCGUACUUUUUGGCUUGAUUUCGGGAUUUGUGGCCUUGAAAAUGAUGUGAAAUCUCGUUUUUUUGUGUAAUUUUUAACUUUUUUUUUAGGUUUAAGUCGAAAACAAUCCGUCCAAAAUGUUGUUUUUACAAAUUUUAACGAACAGAAGAAAUAAAGACAAAUUUUAAUGAAAA